GUGUUGCACCGAGAGGAGGGUGGAUGUUGCAAUAGGCAGCCCAGUCAUCGUCAGCCAGUUCAGAGUGAGAGUGAAAGCGUAAAAGAAAAACUGUGUAAUAAUUCAGCAAGAUUACGGCAGUCUCGCAUCAUACUCUGUCUGCUCGCCGGACAGAGAGAGACACUCACUCACUCACUCGGAGGGAGUUUAAAGCAGCAUAGAGAGAAAGAAAGAAACACUUUAUGAGCCUGGAAAUCUAAUGGAGAGAGCUGGAGAAAGAACCUUCUGAGGACACUCUUGAUUCGAUAGUUAAAUUAUUCUGGUUCCAAGGAAUUUUUGUGAUAAAAGUUAUUCUUCGAGGAAUUACCAAGAAAUUGUGUUUUCCCCCUCUACCCCCUCCCUCCCCUGGAAAGGAGCUGGAACUUUUGUACUGAAGAUCAAAAUGAUUAACGGAUGAUGGAAGAUAAGGCGCUUUGUUGCUAAAAGUUGCGGGUGCAGCGAAGGUUCGGCUCUCAUGUCAGGUUCGGGGCUCCUGUGAAUCCACACGUGGGAAUUCCGAGAGCUGCCAACGGGAGGGAGAAGGUGGGGGUGGGGGAAGGAAACAGGUUAAUCCCCGCUGUUCAGGAGCCCGGUGUCCUGGCCAGGCUGUGCGAACUUCAAUCCCCACAGACGGAGAGAGGGGGAAAAAGGAAAAGCCGCCUCGGGAACUUCCUUUGUUACUGGGAAUUCCUCAGCGAAACUACUCGGGGCGAGUCUCCCACUUUUGUAACGAAGCGAGACCUUUAGAUCCUUAUGAGUGUGAACGCCCAGAGAUCGCUGCCCUCACUCCCUCCCAGGCUGAAGAGGUUAGACUUUGAUGAUGCUGAUGACCCCGACCUUCCCAAAUGUAAGCGAGUCCGUUUGAGCCAGCUCUCCAUACCUGCCUUGUCCCCGUGCCUUGGCUCACCAUCCCCAACGCCCUCCUCCUCCGAUGACGACAACAGCGUAUCCCGCAUUGGACCUUACCUCCUGCUCAAUCCCACAGAGGCGAAUAAUUGUUACAGAGCCAUCCACACCCACACGGAACAGGAAUACAUCUGCAAGGUCUUUGCGAUGAAGCGCUACAGUGAGGUGAUUGCACCCUAUGCCCGCCUCCUGCCUCACCCGAACGUGGGUCAGAUGGCUGAGGUGAUCGCUGGGGACCGCAAGGCCUACGUCCUUUUCCAGCGAGGCCACGGUGACAUGCACUCGUACGUGCGGACAUGUAAGAGGCUCCGUGAGGAAGAGGCUGCCACGCUCUUCAGGCAGAUGGCGCAGGCAGUGGCGCACUGUCACGAACAUGGGAUUGUGCUCCGGGACCUCAAGCUGAGGAAAUUCGUAUUCGCCAACAGACAGAGAAACAAACUGAGGCUUGAGAAUUUGGAUGAUGCCUGUGUCCUGAAGGGAGAGGAUGAUUCCUUGAUGGAUAAGCAUGGCUGCCCUGCUUACGUGGGGCCGGAGAUCCUUAACACCAAACAGUCAUACUCAGGGAAAGCUGCAGAUGUCUGGAGCCUGGGAGUGGUCCUGUAUACCAUGCUAGUGGGCCGCUACCCUUUCCAGGACACGGAGCCAGCCGCCCUCUUCAGCAAGAUUCGGCGAGGGUUCUACACCGUCCCGGACAACAUUUCCCCCAAAGCCAAAUGCCUUAUCCGGUGCAUCCUGCGACGGAACCCGGCUGAGAGAUUGACAGCCAGUGAGAUCUUGUGUCAUCCCUGGUUCAGCUCCAACUUCAACGUGACCUUCAACAGCAGCACAGGACCAUUGACCGACCAGUUGGUCCCUGAUAGUUACAGGGAGGACACGGACACAGAUUUGUAGAAAUUCUUACAGUUUAUAAAAAAGAAAGUGGAUUUUGAAAAGGUAAAGGUCACAUUGCGUGCCUUCUCUGUGAAUUGGACAGUGACUUUAAACUUCUGCACCCUUCCUCAUUCAGGUGAUUUGAAGCGAAAGCCUUUUGGGACUGGGGUGCCAGAUUGUGCCCAGAAAACUGGCAUAGAGGUUUCCUGAACGAAGGUGGUGUCUCCGGCUUCAAGGGGGUGUGUGUGAAAGUGUACUGUUCUUGUCGUUCAGUGUUUGUGACAGGACGUGUUGGUGUGUCUUUGGACAGUGGGAUGGUCAACCUAGUCUGGGGACCCCCCCGCCACCCCCCCACCUUCCUGUUCACAAUCAGCCUUCCAAACAUCACGGGAGGGAAUGGAAAAUAACUUCCAGUCAGCUUAUUUGCAGCCGGAGGUUGUUGACAGCAAUAACAGCAAAACCAGGAUUACCUGUGAUCUGGGAGACUAGAGAUUAGCUAUCUCGAGGGAGGGGGUGUGGAGAGCAUUCAUGACUUGUUCAGUGAUGCCGUAGACUUCUGGUCUAUUCCUCCACCGUCAGCCUUGUGAUGGGAUGUAACAAUUAUGCUGUAUUGAUAGUUGGUUGAUUUUUAGGGUUCCUUUCCCAUGACUUAUCCUUCCUAAAAAUUGGGGACCAAAGGGCUUACCAAUUGUCGGGGUGAUGGGGAUGGAGAAUAAUGUACUUGGCAAGAAUCUUGUGGUGAUUUGCUCCAAGUUGGGCAAAAUACAGAGCCACUCACCCAAUACUGCCUCAGUACAGUAAGACUCACUCUUGCAUGGUGAAUCUGAAGGAACACCAGAGUUUGGUGGAUUUUGCCCACUAAAAGCCCGAUUAUUGUAUAAAACUGAAGGAUUUUUUUUCUCAAUGGUGCUUUUGAGGAAUGCAUAAGGGUCAGCAACAGAGUCUGGACUGAACUGUGUCUUUCCUUAUCACUUCCUCUUACCUGGAAGAAUAUUGAUCUAGAACUGACUAUUGCAAUGUAAAUUCAGGCUGUGCAGUGUGACAGCUCUCUUGACAAGAGAUUGUUGUUCUAAGAACCUGAUGUGCGCCACUUGUUACUUGAUUACAUUUAAUGCCUCUUCAGUGUUUACAGAGGGAACAAACAGAUUUCAUGGUUCCUGACUGACUUGUAGCAUGGGAUGGUAUGGGAUAGCCGGAUACUUGGCACUGGAUGGAUUAGAUUUCAAAUUCAGCACUGUCAUCUGGUAAAAUACAGCGUAUGUAUUUCGUCAAAAAAUCUCAUUUUAUCUGACGGCAGUGUUUGACUGCACCCUCUUGGUGUUUUAAAAACAUGGUGGAGGACAGGCAGCAUGCUGUCCACAUGCCCCUUGUACUUGCAGACAACAUAGGAGCCAUGGUUUGGAUGGCACAUGUCUGUCUCAUAGGCGAAAGGAUUGAGACCACAUAGUUGAUGCCUGGUGUGGCCCCUCCAUGUGCCCUACACUCUGCUAAACACAAGACCAACCGUGCUAUUAAGGGAUCAGUGCGUUAAUUCUAAGUUGCCUAAAUAAAGUGUGGACAAUUCUUGUUGCGGUGUAGCUUUGCCAGGACCUGCAGCUGACCAUUCCGUCAGUAACGACUGACUGCAGCCAACGUGACAAUUCAAUAACCAUUUGUUGCUGUGCCUUCAGUAUCUGUUAGCGAACCCUGUUUUCCCACUAAGCCUGUACUGUAACUCAGCUAAAUCCACAAGAGUAAUGGGAUUGGCCAAGCUAUUGGUCCCUUCUGUGGCAGGUGCUAGUUCUCUUGUGGUUUUGUACAGGACUGUAUCUAUGAUACAAAUUGACAAGUUGAUGUAAAUAUGUUUGAUAAACCUAUGUAGCAGCACCAACACUACAUUUGAGUUAUUGUGUGUACGUACUGAUUGUAUAUUUGUCAAUUUCAAUUAAAAGCAGUUGUAUUUUU